AUGGCUGCGCGGCAAGGCGGGACCGCCUCUCCCCUACGGGCUCUGGAAGAAGCACUGGGCAUGGGCUUGACGGCUGCUGGGGAAGCCGAGGACGCGGUGGCCGCCGAGGGCACCUACUACCUGGAGCAGGUCACCAUAACCGAAGCAUCUGAAGAUGAUUAUGAAUAUGAAGAGAUACCAGAUGACAAUUUUAGCAUUCCAGAAGGUGAAGAAGAUCUGACAAAAGCAAUGCAUAUAUUUCAAGAACAGGUUACAGAUACUCAAAUUUUGGAGCAGAAAACAGUCCUUCCUUCAAAGCAUGAAGUACCAGAAGUAAUUGAAGACUUUCUCUGCAAUUUCCUAAUCAAAAUGGGAAUGACCCGAACCCUUGAUUGCUUUCAAUCUGAAUGGUACGAAUUAAUACAGAAGGGAGUAACUGAAGUCAGCGGUGUUGGGAAUGUCCCAGAUGUGUAUAUCCAGAACAUGCUGUUAGAAAAUGAAAACAAAAAUUUGAAGAAAGACUUAAAGCACUACAAACAGGCAGCUGACAAGGCUAGAGAAGAUCUGCUGAAAACUCAGAAAGAACGGGAUUUUCAUCGAAUGCAUCACAAGCGAAUAGUCCAAGAAAAAAACAAAUUAAUUAAUGACCUCAAAGGGUUGAAGUUACAUUAUGCAUCUUAUGAACCAACUAUAAGGGUGUUACUUGAGAAGCACCAAACUUUGCUGAAGCAGAAAAUGCUCACCUCUUUGGAAAAAGACAGAGCAGUUGAGCAGAUUUCUGGACUUGGAGCAACAAUAAGGCAUAUGGAAAAAAAGCGUAGUCACCAACUUUCUAAAAUUAGAGUUAUUCCUGGCGGUAAGAAGGAACAUGCGCAAGAAGGUCCUACUCAGAAAGGUCUUUGUGAGGCCAGGGAACAACACAAAUGUAAAGCAAGGAUGAAAGAUAAUACAAAGGAUUCACAAUUUCCUACAGAUAUGCAACCAAAUCCAAAUCUGUAUUUACAUAAAGAAGGUAAUUUUCCAGCAAAACUUGACUACAGGCUGAGCACCAUAUUUAAACUUCAUCAACUUCCAGUGAGCUGCAUCGUCGUGCACCCCAACAAGGACACCCUAGUCUCCUGCGGUGAGGACCGCCUCUGGAAGGCAGUGGGGCUCCCCAAAGGCGACGUGCUUCUCACAGGAACUGGCCACACCGACUGGCUUUCCAGCUGCUGCUUCCAUCCCAGUGGCAACAAGUUGGCUACAUCCAGUGGUGACACUACAGUUAAAUUAUGGGACCUGUCUAACGGCAAUUGCAUUUUGACCUUUGAAGGACACAGACAUGCAGUAUGGUCCUGCACAUGGCAUUCCUGUGGUGACUUUGUGGCUUCUUCUUCAUUGGAUGCCACCAGUAAAAUCUGGGAUGUUAAUAGUGAAAGAUGCAGAUGCACUCUGUAUGGACAUAUGGAUUCCGUGAACAGCAUUGAGUUCUUCCUGUGCUCCAACACCCUUCUCACAGGUUCUGCAGAUAAAUCCCUAUCUUUAUGGGAUGCAAGAACGGGUAAAUGUGAGCAGUCGCUCUAUGGUCACAUGCAUUCUAUUAAUGAUGCCACCUUCAAUCCCAGGGGUCACAUAAUAGCAUCCUGUGAUUCCUGUGGAGUUACAAAACUGUGGGACUUCCGCAAACUCUUACCGAUUGUGUCCAUUGAUAUAGGCCCAAGUCCUGGCAAUGAGGUGAACUUUGACUCAUCAGGUCAAGUAUUAGCUCAGGCGAGUAGCAGUGGGGUCAUUCAUUUGCUGGACCUUAAAUCAGGGCAGAUUCACAAGCUGGUGGGCCAUGAGGAUGAAGCUCACACAGUCGUGUUUUCUGAGGAUGCAGGAAAUCUGUUUUCCGGAGGCUCUGAGGGCACUGUUCGAAUGUGGUCUUGA